CCGCUUAAAAAAUCAGACCCUCACUCCAAACCACUAGAUGGCAGUAAUGCGCCUGCUGUUUACCAGCCGCCAAAACAAACUUACUGAAGAAGAAGAAGAGGAGGACAAGGACGACGAAGAAGAAGCCAUUGUUUAUCAGACGUGUUGUGUUUCACAGCUCGUCUUAACCAUCAACAUUCUUUACGUCCGAACCACAACGUGAAGAAGGAGAGGCAAAGCCGAUAGAGUCAACAUGGAAACCAAACGAGUCGAGAUCCCGUCUAGCGUCUUGGAUGAUUUAUGCAGCCGUUUCAUACUUCACAUUCCAAGUGAAGAGCGGGACAAUGCCAUCCGAGUGUGCUUCCAGAUUGAAUUAGCCCAUUGGUUCUACUUGGACUUCUGCUUGCAAAACACACCAGGAGCUCCUCAUUGUGGCAUCAGAGACUUUGCAAAGGCUGUUUUCCAUCAUUGCCCAUUUCUGUUGCCUCAUGGAGAGGAGGUGCAGAAAGUUUUGGAGCAGUGGAAAGAAUAUAAGAUGGGCGUACCAACUUAUGGAGCCAUAAUGCUGGAUGAAUCUCUGGAAAAUGUCCUGCUUGUUCAGGGCUACCUUGCAAAAUCUGGAUGGGGAUUUCCAAAGGGGAAGGUUAAUGAGGAUGAAGCUCCACAUGACUGUGCAGUCCGUGAAGUUAUGGAAGAGACAGGUUUUGACAUAAAAAAACUUAUUUGCAAAGACAUAUUCAUUGAACAAAAAAUUACAGACCAGUUGGUUCGACUUUACAUUAUACCAGGAGUGUCAAAGGAUACAAAGUUCAACCCCAAAACAAGGAAGGAAAUCAGGAAUAUUGAAUGGUUUUCCAUUGAAAAGCUGCCUUGUCACCGGAACGAUAUGACCCCAAAGUCUAAACUUGGACUUGCCCCUAACAGGUUUUUUAUGGCAAUCCCAUUUAUCAGACCGCUUCGAGACUGGAUCAGCAAAACUAGGGGUGAGAUGACGGAGAGUGUUGAAGAUGUGGUCUCUAAUCGAAGCCUUCACUACAAGCUGCCCGAGAGCGUUCGUUAUGGCUCCAAACCCUUCCAGCUGCCAUUCAACAGUUGAAGACAAAGACGUUGUACUCUUUAUGUCCUCCCAAGCUUUUCUCAAUUUCAAAUUUGAUCGAGUUGCCAUCAUGAAGUGUUUUGACGUCUGAACUCAAUCAUUUUUCUUAUUUCUGAGUUUGCCUUUAAAUCACUGUAAUUGCCGUCUGUCAUAGCACGUGUGAUAUUGUGCUCUGUUAUAAGGUGCUUGCUUCCUUUCACAAUCAAAAUUCUCCAUUGUUUGUUACGUAGCUCCCAGUUGUUUAUAAUCUGUUUUGCUCUUUUCAGAUUUCCUUUAUUUUUAUAUAAAAUAAGAGAAAUAUAUAGAUUGAGCCAGAAUAUAUGAAUUUGUAGAACUUGAUGAAUUUUUAAACCCAUUUAGCUUUGUAAAAAUAUAAAACUGUCUAUUGAUGUUGAAAAUAGUCUGAAAUAUUUUGAAUUUUGUAGUGAUUUUUACUUAAACUUUUGCAGCUUUUAUUAGUGUUUAAUAAUUACUGUGACUGACAAGAAUUUCAUUUAGAAAAAUUGAAAAAGACAGUUUAGAACACUUUGCUUUUGUUUUCUUUGCAACCUCAUUGUCAAUCAUUGCAACUGUUCAAUAACAGUUUUAAACAUGUAAAGACUUCUAUUCAUUCUCAUCUCGUCUCGUCUUUCUAGCAGCAAAGUUUUCUUUUAAUGGCUUGUAUUUUACAUCAGUAGUUAUGAUUGAGAACAUUUUAAAGUUUGUGGGUUGUCUGUUUUCCUCUUUCUUACUUUUCAGUCGCAAACAAAUGUCUACAGGAAUGAAUUAUGUUUCAAACGCUGAACCUCGAGUUACGAGUCGAGCAGAAAAAAGCUUAAAAUUCUGAGGAACCAGUUAGUUUUUUAUAUUUAUUGUAUAGAUUUGCUAAUACUGUUGUUCAGUUUGCUCACAUUUAGCUGAUAGUUAAAUACAAUGUAUUAAAAUAGCACAUAUUAAGUGUACAGUUCUUCAUCAUAGCAUGUUUCAUAAAUGAAAUGAUAUGCAUUCAUCAAAUCAUGUGUACAGACUGUUUUUGUAAGUGGCUGUUGGUAACAAAAUAAAUGUGAGGUUCUAAACUGUAA